AUGGAGAUACAUCAGUUGUUCGAGAAAAUUCAGGCCAUCUCGGCCAUCAACAAGGAGAUCAUUCAGCGCAUCAGGGGCGACCCGUCCAUGCUCUCCUUCCAGGGAAAGCUGCAUGCCAGGACGCAGCUGGUCGUGGACCACACGGCCUCCCAGCGCGAGUUCUUCGGGUGGUGGAGGUGGGACGGCGAGCUGGUGGCCGUGCGCGACACCUUCAAGGACAAGGUCGACUACGCGCGCUGCCACACCUUCGAGGAGCUCGAGCUCCUCAACGAGAAGCUGGUCGUCUUCGCCGAGCAGUACCGCGCGUUCGAAGACAGCGCCUUCGCCGCGACCGAGCUGAGGCAGUACUUGACCAACUACGAGCUCAUCCAGACGGCCCUCGGCCAGGUCGACGCCCAGUUCCAGGCCAACGCAGCUAAGGCCAAGAACCAGAACCGCGCCGGGCAGGUGCAAGAAGUCACGCGCGAGUUCAACGUCGCGCUGGCCAAGCUUGCCCGCCUGCGCAUCCACCUGGCCGACGUGCAGGGUCGUCCCCUGUUCAGGCUCACCCCCCCUCCGGAGCACGCCGAUGCCGAGAUCCGCGGCAUCUCUGCUGCCAAGAACGGCCGCCUUGUAGUCAUCUAUCAAGGACCUCAUGGUACUGUCUACUCUGCGAUCUACGACGCUUCAGGGGCGCUGGAGAAUAAGGACAUGCUGCUCUACUGUCACCAAGGGCAGAACAUAUGCGGCAUCGCAUUGGAUUGGGAGACAGGCAACCUGAUCGUCGACGACCAGCAGCACAAUCAGAUCUUUGUCCUUCAUCCAUCCAAGCAAGGACCCACAUUCCUCACAUCCUGGACCAGCUCAUCAUCAUCAUACGCCCCACCUCCUAAAGUGGGCGCGCUCACCAAGCCCGUCGGUGUGGCGGUCGGUGCCGGUGGCCUGAUCUACGUGACCCAGAGCAAGCGCAUGGACAUCACAGUCGUACGGGCCUCUACCCUCACGGUCGAGCGGAUCAUCGAGCAGGUGUCUCCGUUGCACUUCAACGACGACGAGACGAAGAAGAGGGCCUCAGGCAACGGCCUGAGCGGCAUCGCGGUGCACCCGAUCACGGGCAACAUCUACGCCGCCGACCCUGACAACGCCCGCGUGCUCAUCUUCACGCCCAAAGGCGAGUUCGAGGGCUCCUUUCACCUGGGCGAGGGCCACCACUCCUACCCGGUCGGCCUCACCAUCGACGCCAAGGGCAACGUGUUCGUGACCGAGCAGCAGAACAAUCGCGUGCUGGUCUUCCACUCGCACGGCGGCGCGCCCCUGGUGGUGGGCGGCGGUGCCGAGGCCAGUCUCCAGCUGAUUCGGAGCCCCGGGGCGGUCGCAGUGAUCGGCGACCGGGUCUUUGUCGUCAACAACAAGGGCAAGAACAUCCACGUCUUCGUUUUCAUCCACUAG